AAAAACGUCGCGUUUCUGAGGAGACGCCCGUCUGGCAGUUACCACCGCGCUAGAAGCCUUCCGACCGGCCGCCUGCAUCACCAGCGUCACCAUGGGGGCUGUGCUGGGCGUCUUCUCCCUCGCCAGCUGGGUUCCCUGCCUUUGCAGCGGUGCAUCAUGUCUGCUGUGUAGCUGCUGCCCCAAUAGUAAGAAUUCCACAGUGACGCGCCUCAUCUAUGCUUUCAUUCUCUUCCUGGGCGCUGCUGUAUCCUGUAUCAUGCUGACAGAAGGGAUGGAAUCACAGCUGAAGAAGAUACCUGGAUUCUGUGAAGGGGGAUUUAAAAUCAAUGUGGCUGAUAGAAAAGUGGAUAAAGAUUGUGAUGUUCUGGUCGGUUAUAAAGCUGUGUAUCGGAUCAACUUUGCCUUGGCCAUCUUUUUCUUUGUCUUCUCUCUGCUCAUGUUAAAAGUAAAAACAAGUAAAGAUCCCAGAGCAGCUGUACACAAUGGGUUUUGGUUCUUCAAAAUUGCUGCCAUUGUUGGUAUCAUGGUUGGCUCUUUCUACAUCCCUGGGGGCCAUUUCACCACAGCUUGGUUCAUUGUGGGCAUGGCCGGGGCCUUUUUGUUCAUCCUCAUCCAGCUAGUGCUUCUGGUUGACUUCGCUCACUCUUGCAAUGAGUCAUGGGUAAAUCGAAUGGAAGAAGGAAAUCCAAGGUGCUGGUAUGCUGCUUUGCUAUCUGUCACCAGCAUCUGCUACAUUCUGUCCGUCGUCUUUGCCGGCUUACUGUACACUUACUACACCAGACCGGACGGCUGCGCAGAGAACAAGUUCUUCAUCAGUAUUAAUUUGAUCCUUUGCUUUGUGGUUUCUAUUAUAUCGAUCCAUCCAAAAAUUCAGGAACACAGGCCUCAGUCUGGUCUCCUGCAGUCCUCUGUCAUCACCCUCUACACCAUGUACCUUACCUGGUCAGCCAUGACCAAUGAACCUGAUCGUUCCUGCAACCCUGGCCUGUGGAGCAUCGUCACGCACAUGACUGCGCCAACCUUGGCUCCUGGGAAUUCAACUGCUGUGGUCCCUACCCCUGCUCCACCCGCAAAGAGUGGGCAUUUUGUAGAUGCAGAGACGUUCAUUGGGCUGACAGGCUUUGUUCUCUGCCUUUUGUAUUCUAGCAUCCGUACUUCCAACAACAGCCAAGUAAGCAAGCUGACUUUGUCAGGAAGUGACAGCGUGAUCCUCCGUGAUACAGCUGUCAGUGGCGGCAGCGAUGAAGAAGACGGACAGCCUCGGCGGGUUGUGGACAACGAGAAGGAAGGAGUGCAGUACAGCUACUUCUUAUUCCACUUCAUGCUCUGCCUGGCUUCCUUGUACAUCAUGAUGACCCUGACCAGCUGGUACAGCCCUGAUGCAGAGUUCCAGAGCAUGACCAGCAAGUGGCCAGCUGUGUGGGUCAAGAUCAGCUCCAGCUGGGUCUGCCUCCUCCUCUAUGUCUGGACCCUUGUGGCUCCACUCGUCCUCACCAAUCGUGACUUCAGCUGAACCUCUGAGAAUUCAUAAAGCUUGAGUUCGUCUGUCCGGUGUUGGACACUACAGCAGCGAUGCCACGCAGUCCAGCUUUGCCAGAAGUGUCCGUCUCCAUAAGCGCUUUUGUAGGUUUGGCGAAAAUGAAAAGUCACUUGGGAAAACAGUGCCACUUCGGUUUAUGUCGUUCUCCUGUUAUGAGUAUGUAAAAGUAAAAUGCAUGUGAAUUUAUUAUAUUUGCACUAUAAAGGUAUUUGAUUAAAACAGAGACUUAAGCUUUUAAGCCCCUUUCUUUUACAGCUUUUAUGAGUUAGCAGCCAUUCUAUGAUUUUUAGACAUUCAUGGGCAGUCAGGUUUAUCAGGGAUCGAGCAGAAUGUGCCUGUCUCUUCUAAUACUUGAGGUCUGGCUAGUAAGUAAAGUCUUGAACUCGUCCAAAAAUUGUACGCCUAAUACCUUGCCUGGGGAAGACACUUGCAUAUAUAUAUGAAACACAAGGCAGGCGCUGUCAGGAAACUUUGUCAAGAGAGGGUAGCCCACAAGGAUGUCGACUAGAACAGUUCGUUCUCUGAGCACACAUUUAUUGAGUGUCUGCUCUGCACCCGGCGCUGUCAGGUUCAGGGCUCCGACGUUAAACACAAGAUACCAGCUCUGCCAUCUUGGACUUAGAGUUUAGAGGAGGGUGAAGAUGAGCGGACAGGUGUACAGCCUGGUGUGGUGAGUGCUGGGAUUGAGGAAUUGCAGAGAACUUAAAGGAGAGUUGCCUGGGGUUGGGCUGGGGGGAUUGUCCUGGUAGGCUUCCUGGAAAAAGUGGAAUUAGAGGCCAGAAAUUGUUAGUUUUCCGAGAGAGAAAUGGGGCAGAGUGCUGGCAUUGCUACAGGGUAGACAGAACUUCACGUUAAAGCAAGGGGAUGCAGACUUGUUCAGGAAAGCUGGAAUAGGGAGAAGAGGGCAGGACCGGGUCAUGAAGGGCUUUGCAAACCACAGCGAAGAGUUUGAACCUUAGUUGAGAGCAGCAGGGAGCAUAUUGAUGGUGACGUGAACACACGGUCUUCAGUCACUGCAGCAGACACGGAGAGAGGGCGUUGAGAGAGGAGACCAGGGCAGGCCAUACCCCGCUUCAAACAGAGAAGUGGAAGUGAGGAUGGGGAGAAACUGACAGCUGAGAGCUACUUAGUAAUUAAAAUUUAAAAACUGGCAAUUGAUUAGCUGUAGAGGAGAGGCCAAUUCCUGAGUGAUGCUGGUUUAAUCACCUGAGUUGAUGGGGCUUCCGUUUAUAUGGUGAGAGACAGAAAGAGAAACACAUUGUGCCAGAAGGAUGGAGUUGGUCCCUUAAGAAUGGCUGAGAACAUGGUCUUGGAAGCCAGACCCGGUUUGUAGCCAGCAUUGCUGUUUCUGUCUGUUAACUGGUCGGCUAAUAUUUAUUGAGUACAUACUAUGCCUUAUGAUCUUGGGCAAAUGAUUGUGUGACCAUCUGUCUGAGCCUCAGUGUUUGCCUUGUUUGAAUAAAAGUUAGUACCUAGUACAUGUUAUUGUUUAAAGAGUUAAGUUACUUUGCAAAGUGCUUAACCCAUUUUUAAACACUCUGGUGGCAGCUGCUAAUUUCACUGUGGGUUAAAAUGACACUAGACAGUAUUCAAAGGUCAGAGAUGUUCAGCCACAGUCGGAUGGAGGCUAGAUUUGAGGUGUUCAUACAGAAUUAAAGAGAUGGGACACAGAGGGGACAGUCUCAGUUGGGAUGGAGGUGGGUGGGGUAGGGAAGCAGGGCUUGAUACGAAUCAUUGGAACCACCUGUUUUAAACCAGUGCUUUAUGUCAGGGUACAGAGAUAAAGUUGCAGGGGAGGUGGGCCGUGGUGCAGAUAGGAGAGGCUUAGCCCCUUACUUUGCCAGCGUAAAGCAGAUACCCCCCGCCACUUUCCUUAAUGGCAGGGUAGCCAGAUUAAGACCUGUAAAGGCCGUAAACUUCAGAAACAAUAAGGGUUUUCCAUCCCCUACUUUACAUAAUGCAAAAUAAAGCAAUACUAAACUGUAAAAUAAGUGUAACAAAGUCCAAUAAAGUAUUUUUUUCUC